CGGUUGGAGACAGCGCUGCAGGAGGGAGAUGCGCCUUCUUUGGGGAUGGUGUUGCGUUUUAAGUUGCGCGCCAUGGUCUCCAGACGCAGAAGCUCAGCCAGCACUCUAGCUUUGCGCCUCAAGUAAGUAGCUCGGACUCGUGGAGCAACCAAGACAUUCACCAUAUUCGGGGGGGAAGCAGAGGAGGAUGGCAGCUCCAGGCAACGGAUCCAACAUGACGGGGAACUACAGCAACCAGUAUGUGCAGCCGCCGUGGCGCGUCGCUCUCUGGUCCAUCGCCUACAGCUCCGUGCUGGCGGUGGCGGUGUUUGGAAACCUCAUCGUGAUAUGGAUCAUUCUUGCCCACAAGCGAAUGAGGACGGUGACGAACUACUUUCUGCUAAACUUGGCGUUUUCGGACUUGUCGAUGGCCGCGUUCAACACUUUGAUCAACUUUAUCUACGCGGCUCAUGGAGAGUGGUACUUCGGGAAAGCUUACUGCAAAUUCCACAACUUCUUCCCGGUCACAUCCGUGUUUGCGAGCAUCUACUCCAUGACCGCGAUAGCUGUGGACAGGUACAUGGCCAUCAUCCACCCUCUGAAGCCUCGUCUGUCAGCCAAAGCCACCACGGGAGUUAUCGUCUGUAUCUGGAGUCUGGCUGUGGUUCUGGCCUUCCCUCUCUGCUACUUCUCGAACACCCAAGAGCUGCCCCGCAGGACAGUCUGCUACGUGGCCUGGCCCCGCAUGGACAACGACUACUUCAUGUAUCAUAUCAUAGUGGCAGUUCUUGUCUACGUGCUGCCGUUAGUGGUGAUGGGCAUCACUUACACCAUUGUGGGAUUGACUCUGUGGGGAGGGGAGAUCCCUGGAGACACAUCUGAUAACUAUCACGGGCAGCUCCGGGCUAAAAGGAAGGUGGUGAAGAUGAUGAUCAUUGUUGUGGUGACCUUUGCCCUCUGCUGGCUGCCCUAUCACGUCUACUUCAUUGUGACGGGUCUCAACGUGCGUCUGAGCAAAUGGAAGUACAUCCAGCAGGUUUACCUCGCAGUAAUGUGGCUGGCCAUGAGCUCCACCAUGUACAACCCCAUCAUCUACUGCUGCCUCAACAGCAGGUUUCGAGCUGGAUUCAAGCGAGUGUUUCGUUGGUGCCCAUUCAUCAAUGUGUCCAGCUACGAUGAGUUGGAACUACGCUCUACACGGCUGCACCCAACACGCCAGAGUAGCAUGUACACGCUCUCGCGAAUGGAUACCACCAUGGUGGUAUUUUACAACCCUGGCGAGGGCAAUGGCAGUGCAUGUGGUGGCUCUGGGAGGAAGCAGUACCUGUCCACCAGGAAGAGAAGCUACAUCACGUCUCGCCACACUGAGAUCACUGGAUGCAAGAGUGGUAGUGUGAAAACACAAAAUGGCGGCCCUCCAAACCCUAAACCUGAGGAGUUCUCUUGAGGAGCAUUUCCACAGACAUGCACACAACAUAACACAUACACACACACAUGUGCAUGUAGAGAAUUUUAUACACAUGCAUAAUACACAUGCUUAAUUUGGACAUAGAAGAACUGUAUCAAGGUUGACAUGAUUACUUUAACAAAUUGAUUUGGAGAGUAUUGAAUAUAUUAGCAUUAAGGAUAGCAUUGAUUUCUUUUAAGAUACCCUGGAGCAUGGAUGGAUUACUGAAUGGGCCUUCUGGACACAGGACCAGGGGCUCAACCAGGGUUGAGGGGGGCUCUGGUAGGUAGGAUGGGGACCCUCUAAAUGUCUGUGCCCAGGGGGCUAUUGUCUCAUAAUCCGUCCACACUCUUAACAACAUACAGGUGAACAGUGCUUUGUUGGAAUCCUCUAAAUUUCAGCUGCUUUCCCUUGGAGUUAUACGUUGAAGUUUUCCUCUUAUCCAAUCAGAGUUCCUCUGUAUAUAUAAAUUGAGUAACUGCUCCUUCUUCUCAAGCUAGACAUUCAGCUCUGGUUGUGAUUAGCAUUUACACAGUGCACUGGUGUUUUGCAUAGAGAUACACUUUUAAAAUUUAUGCUAGAAUGGCAAGACCCUCUCACUACUGGAGAUAAUCAGAAAAUACGUCACGGUGAUUGUAAUUAUGUAUGUCGUAGUUUUCAUUUCCAACUGUAAGUAUUAACUGUGAACUUGAUUUGAUUCAGAGGAUCCGCUGCGCAUCUAUUUCUCCCUGAGGCCACAAAUGAGGGGUUGCAGAGAGCUGUCAAUGGAAUAGCUGUUGAUUGAACUCUGUGCGGCUCUAGAUCAGGCUCUGAGUUUGGCUCUCAAAGUAUUGAAAUAGAGUUUGGCUUUCGGUUAUGUAAAUGCAGUAAGGAACAUGUUUCCUGGAAACUGGCAACGACCCAGAGGCGAAAUCCAGUAUACAUUUGUAUCACAUCAAUAAACAAGCUGCGGGAGAAUGAGCAGAUUGAAAGCUAACUAAACAACUAGAGACUAGUUGGUCAGUGUCUCUCUCUCAAUUUUACAUUUUCAGCUAAGUUAAGGAAAAAAAUAAAGGAACCUGCAGAGUGAAAUGCAGUUAGGCAUUUUAUAAUGCUCUUUUUAAUGCGUUUGUUCCUGAGUAAUGAGAAAUCAGGACAGUUUUGGCUGCUGUCCCUUCCAUCAUUUAUUAUCCCCGGUUGCAUCUUAAUUUAAUUUAACCUUGCAUGACUGCGCAUCACGUGUUGGAACUACACCAAGCAAUAAUCUAGCCUGUUGGGUUUACAAUACGCACACGCGACCACCAAUAAGGGUGAAAAACAUUCACUGUAUGUGUUUAAAUAAGCAAACAAUUAAAUUUCUUUUUUUUUUUUUUUUGUGACCUUAUUUAAAGAUCCAGCAAAAUAUUUUUAAAAAUAAUGUAUUGAGCGCUGUUGCAAGUUGCAGUAAAAGCGGAAUUGGUUCGACAGUUUGUGAUGGCAUUUUAUUGUUACAUGUUGAUGAACAUAUGGCAAAAGGUUCCAAAACAUUUAUUUUGUCAUGUAGUAAAGAAAAUUAAAGCUUAAAUAUUCUAAAUUGACCACAAAUCAGAACCAUAGAAACUCAUUAUAAAUGUUCUUAAUUAUUCUUGCCAACAGUUUUGAAUGUUUGAAGACUUUGUGAAAGUAUUUACUGAAGAAUGUGAAGACAAAAAAAGUUAUUGUGCUUUUCAGUGUCAUGUCAUUUUAAGCUGUGGUCUCUAUGUGGUAAUCAAACUAUCUUUCGUGUUUCUCCGUAUAAAUGUAUGUAUUUUGUAUGAAUGUACAGUACAAUGUGUGCCUAACUUUGUCAAGUGAUGACUAUAUUCUCUGUUGUGUCUUUAAAGGAUAAUUAGGAUAAUUUAGGAUAAUAAGUUCAUUACCAACCUGAGCCUCAUUUCUUUGUACUUAUCAGAUGCAAUCCAUUCUGAUGUUGCCAUUACUUCACUACAUAUUUUUGUCCCUUAGUACUGCUUUCACUGAUCUUACUCCAGAACAGGGCUCAAGUUGAAAAUAACCAAUAUUAUCCUUUAAACAAAUAUUAUAAAAUUAUUAUUGCUGAAACGACAAUUAUUUUGGUAGUUUGAGAUGAAAAAUGUAUCUUGACAAUACUAACUGACUUUACAGUUCUUUAUCAUUGUAAGACCUCCAAAAGGGUUUUCAUUGCUCAGCGUUGGUCAGUGCUGAUGUGUUUGCUUAAUGUAGCUUUAUUGCAACAGUCUUUGUUACAGUUUCAUGAGUGUUUAUUUGUGACAUUACAUGCUUAUGAUGAAAUGUAGCUGUGACUUGUUGCAAAUGCAGUUAAAUUUCAAUGGGGAAAAAAUACUGAGCAAUACUGUUGUUUUUUUUUGUGCUAGUUGUCUGAGACAAUGCGGAGUAAUGUAAUAAUCCACAACUUUUUAAUAUCUCAGCUCUAUGGAAAGAAAAGUUGCCGUCAUGAAAGAAAGAUAUUUUAUUACAAUUAGAUUUAACACAUCUCAUCAUUACAUCUGAGCAUUUUUAUCUUAUUAUUGUUAUUACAAUAUACUUCCAUAUCAACCUCUACCGUACAUUUUUACAUUUUCCGUUAUAAAUACCUGUGAACAGGAAGCUCGUCCCUGGGAAAAAACCCACAGCCAUACACACAGUAAUCUUAUAUUGGAAUAAAUGUAAGAAGCACUUGUUGGCUAGGAGAAGCAACAGGCUUACUGCUUACUAAUUACCGCUACUGCCUUUCCGAGAUUUAAAACACGACAAAAUAUGUUUGAUAUUUAUAAUCUUAAACAUGACUCUGUCUGUAGACAUGAUGUCUGCGUUGCACCCACUGAAAUUCUAUUCUGUUUUCUGUUAUUCUGUACAAAGAAAAUUCUGUAUAAAGGAAUUGGUUGAGAAACCAUUACAAAUCCACCGUAACAGUGUGAACACUGGAGCCGAAGGGGCGGUCAGGGAAACCGUCUGAAGUUUUACAGUUGCACAAACAAAAUAACUUUCACACAGAUUUUAAGAGUAGAGUUGCAAGACGAACACGCCUUUUAGGAGCACUUUUUCACAAAUAUGUCUAAACUACAGACAAACCUUCAGCAUCUCUGUAUUGCAAAUUCACAGAAGAGAUUACAUUUCAUUUAGUGCGUGGACACUUGGUGAGAGGCCAUGUAAGCAAGCGCACAGCUUCCCGAAGCUAAGAAAUGCUUUGAAAAUGAUAUGCUUAGCAGAAAACUUUAGCUUCCAAGCACUCUUUGGCCUCAGCAAUAUAAACAAAUGCUUUGGUUGACAGAAGUGCAUGGAACCAGGCAACAGUAGUCGAACCACAACCUUUGAGGUUAAAUACUUAUUUCUUUCCACUUAUCUGUGAGUAUUUUUGGUAAGCAGCAAACUGUUGCUACGGUCUCACACUCAUCAAUCAAGCUUCUCCCCAAAAAUAGCUCAAAAUCAAGUUAAUGAUCAAAAACACAGCAGGCAGCUGUUGUUGUGUUGUUUCCAUGAGCAAAUCUGUCAUCAGUGAAAAUAGCCCCUGUUUGGUUGCACAGCUUUUUUUUUCACUCUUAGUAUUAGAAGAUCACAGUUUAAUAACUGGAAGAUGUUUAUACAGUAGGCAGGCCUGGAUUACGCAAGAAAUGACAAAUCGAAGCUGAAGCAUAUGAACAAGGUCAAGAUCAAAAGAUACAUUAAAAACACCCCACACACUAGAAUGCAUUUAUUAUCAACGGCUGAUAGUAUGUAUAGCAGGUAAAUAUAUGAGGGUGUAGGAGGAUAAAUUGACAUGGAAGACCAGCAGGAAUAUGUCCUGGAAAUUCGACAACCUCUUGAUAUGCAAGAUAUUCAAAACCGUACAGCUAAUUUUCCUUAAAGUACAUUCAAUCAAAUUCAAUUUCUUUUGUAAAUGUGAAAUAAUAGAACAUGAAGGGAUGUUCAGACCUCGUCCUUUCAGCUUCUACUUGUUUGAACUAAUGGAGCAUUUCAGCAAAUAGAGCAGGAAUAUUAAUUUUACAAGCAGAUACAACGUAAGGUUUUUCAAUUAUUCAUCAUGGUUGUAUUAAACUAUUAUUUUACUCUGCAGUGAGAACCAUUUAAUAAGGCAAUACGUAUGUAGCAGCUUGUCUCUGCUGCUCAUUGCUGUAUAGUGCAGUCUGCUGGCCAGUGACAAUGCAUUCCAGUCAUGUUUUUAUGAUAACAAGUGUUGUAUUUAAAAUUAAAUUAUAUGAAUGUGUGUAUAACUAACAAUAUAACAGAAACGUAUAUAUAUUCAAUAUAGAUCACCAGACCGGUGUUGAAUCUAUGCUAGCACAUCUUCAUAUCUCAUAUAUCUGUCACGGUUUAUCACUUGUGCAGGGAUGUUUGCCAGUAAAGGAAUACGAGCACAGGUUUGCUUUUUUGAUCAGUUGAAGUACUGUGUUGAGGCCCAGAAAAUAUUGAAUCUAUCAGACGUUGAGGCGAAAAAUAAUGCCAGUUUUUGACACAACGUCCUGAAAAAUAGCAGUGUUUCCAAAGGACAAGUGCUAUUUUUCACUAUAAAUAAGCAGGGAUCUGCAGCACUACAUAAGGCAAUUGUUACGCAGUCCGUACUGCAUGGGAUUUAAGAGUGC